AUGACCACCGACCCUGGAGAGAUUGCCCAGCGUCCGCGACCCAUUGCCAGCCGCCGGCGAGAUAAGCCGCAGCUUUCUUGCAAUCUAUGUCGUCGCCGAAAACUGCGAUGCGAUCGCAAGAAGCCAUGUUUCAACUGCUCAACCCGAGGCCAAUCGUGCGUCUACGCAGAGAACUCCACGAUGGUAUCGGCAUCAACAGAAUCAUCAAACGAUGCCACACUACAGGAUCGUCUUUCGUACCUUGAGCGCUUGGUCAUGACCAUUAGUCCUGAGCAGAGCUUAAACAAACUGAAUGAGUCGGCACAUCCCACCAGAAAUGCAGCCAUCGACAAGCCCAUAGACGACAGCUCCGAGACUGGAAGCCUCCGUACUGGCGCUGCAGAUCACCAAUACGUCAGUGGUGAUCACUGGGCUGCCAUUCUGGAUAGCAUUGCGGACCUCAGAGAUCACUUCAAUCGAGAGGAGCAGUUCAGGGCUGUUGAAAGCCCGGGAUCUGCAGUAGGACCGAUCCAAGACGUUGGUGGUAAUGCGGCCUCAAGAUCCUUCCAUCCACGACGAGCGCUUUUGCUCUAUGGCUGCAAACCCGCAAGAUGUAGGGAAGAGAUUUUAUCUGCCCUACCGCCCAAAUCUACUGUCGACCGUUACGUAUCCAGAUACUUCAAUCAUCUAGACCUAGUAGCUUCAUGUGAGUGCCCCCUUUUUCCUUGGAUAACCUCGCCGCUAAUUGUCGCAUCAAAAGCUUCUGUGCAUGGUCCCACGUUUAUUCAAGAUUACGAAGCCUUCUGGGCCAAUACCUCAAGUGCCAGCAUCAUGUGGAUCGGGCUGCUGUAUAGCAUGAUUUGCCUGGCCCUGAUAGCUUCAGACACCAACGGCUCAGUGCUUUCUAGAGAGCUAACCGAUCACGAUCUGGAUAUUGAGGCGUACAGGGAGAAGGUAGUUCAGUGUCUCAUCAUGGGCGAAUAUACCAACGGCGGUACCCAUACGUUGGAGACAUUCAUGAACUACGUCUAUAUCGAGUUUCGAAUUCACGAAGAUGCCGAAAAAGAUGUCUGGUUUCUUUUGGGGAUUGAGGUGAACCUGGCGAAACGCAUGGGAUAUCAUCGCGAUCCCAAACACUUUCCUGGCAUCACCCCACUUGAAGGGGAAAUGAGGCGAAGGGUGUGGGCGACUGUUCUCCUCGGCGAUAGUCUCAUUUCCGGUCAGAUGGGCAUGCCCCGUAUGAUCACCAGCGACCAAUUCGACACGGAGGAACCAAGAAACCUGAAUGAUUCAGAUCUUGAAGAGGCCAUUACCGAACUACCUCCGCCUCGCCCGGAGACGGAGCACACCACAGCGUUGGGCAUCAUUGCAAGACGGCGAAUUCUCAUAGCUUUGGGUGCCGUCUCAGAUCUGACAUCGUCAUUGAAGCCUUCCGGGUACACUGAGUACAUGAGAGUCGACAAGAUCUUGAACGAUGCAAAAGGAAGUAUCCCACCACCCCUGCAGCCCAAGUCAAUGGCAUCCAGCGUCACUGAUUCACCACAAACCAUCAUGGCCCGCUUGUUCUUGAGCCACAUCUAUUGCAAGGGCCAAAUCAUGCUUCAUCGAAGAUUCCUGUUCACAGAAUCCCUCUCUCCUAGCAACGACCUGUUCGCUUAUUCAAGGGAGGCAUGCGUUAACGCGGCGCUGGAGACUUUGCGUAUUCAGAAGAUUCUGAAUGAGGAGACCCGUCCGGGAGGACAGCUUCAUAUCAUGCAAUGGCGAGUUGGGUCACUAAUGAAUCAUCAUUUCCUGACAGCUACCAUGAUCCUGUGCUCAGUGGUCCAUCGAAAGAGACCAGUCGACAGAGAUGAGGAGAUCAUGGAAGCUCUUCGAAGCUCCAGAGCAAUCUGGAUGACAAAAAGCCAACAUUCGAAGGAGGCCAAGAAGGCAGCCCAAGCAAUUAGCAUCGUUCUGGCUAGGGCGGGAGGUCCAAGGUUUGACAUGGAAUUAAUGUCGCGCAGCAUGGAAGAGAUGCCGAUGGAAACGACCAGCUCGCACGAAAAGGGGGAUUUGGGGGAGACUGGAAUGGGCUGGGACGAUGAUAGGUGGCUCGAGGAAGCUCUCCAUCUUCGCACAGGUGAGAUUCGUGGCGAGUGCGCUCUGCAUCAUACGCUAACUGGAUGUACAACAGACUUUUCAGUAGUUGGAGCCUCGGAGGAUCAUUUAAUCCCGGGUCAGAAUGAUGCAUCUAUGCGAUUAGGUCUUGAGAACUUUCAAGAGGGUGUCAAUAUCGCGGACUGGAUACUACUGAAUGAUGGAAACACAUAG